AGCGGUGGAAGUGAUGCGCUCCGUCCGCGGGGCCGCUGCAGCUGCACGGGGUGCUGACGCCGCCGCCUCUCUCGCGCCGCCCCAGGACCCCAGCAGCAGCCUCAGAACUUUUGUUUGUUAUUCUGUGGACUGUGUGAAGCCUGGAGGCGUCCUUUGUGAACUAGCACGAAACAGUGUAGUGUGGUUUUUGAAGGUCUGAGAUCUCUUGAUUAAACAGAAUUUUGGAUUCCGGAGCCUUUGAUCUUAGUUAAACUUCACACAUCACUAAUUGCAAAUUUCAACUCAAGGAGGAAAGAACUGCAUCAAGACAAAAUGGACUGGAAUGUGAGACCACUCCAGAAUGCUCAUACACAAAAUAACUUGAAAAGUCAAGAAACUUACUUAUCACAGGGACUUUCUAAUGGAUGCGCUUUCUCUCAAACAAAUACUUAUCCCUCUGAGAAUACUUGCAUUUAUCCUGGAAGUAACCAAACAGUAUUUCUGCAGUCCAGCAACACAAAUAUGGUUACAAAUUCAACGCCUUUUGUAAAUAACGAAGGAUACAGUAUGUUGCAGCAAGCUUUUGUACAAGUUCCUCUAUCUGGUAAUGGUUUUAUUAACACACAACGUUCACUUGAUAGACAUCCAUCUUCAUAUGUACGAAUAGCACCAAAAUUUCCUAACCAGAAUCCCCGUAUGCCAGCAGACACAACUCAGACUCUUUGGCCAAAUGCUUUUACUAAUGUACAUGGUUUUUCACAUGUAAGGCCAGCUACUGAAUCUUACCAAAUAAGCUCUGGAAGUAAUGUACAAAAUAUACCUCAGGAAGUACAAAAUCAGUUUGUGACCACAAACAUGUAUACUAUGCAGCCACAACUAGCACAGCCUAAUUCUACGAGAAUUAUGUUGCAUCAAAGUAGCCACGAAAGGAGUAAUUGUUCAAAAGGACUGCCAGUAGCAAAGGCAUCACAAUACAAUUUGAAUGGGCCUUACUCUUCUCAAGAAUGUAGUGUAACAGAACCUGUUAAUCAGUCAUCAAAUAAUUUUGUAAAUUCUCAACAUAACUCUUUGUCUUGUGGUUUGCCUAGGCAACAUGCCUCAAAACAAGGAUGCUGUCCAAAUAAUCCAUUACAGGUUGCACAUUCAUCAAGUCCAAAUACUUCAGCAAGUACACAAUUGCAACAAUACACAUCUGUACAUACAGGAUCUGAAGUUUGUAAUGGAAGUCCUCCAACAUAUAAAAGGCCUCCUAAUUAUGAAUCCAGAUCAUCAGCACAAUCUCUGCCAAUUAUACAACAGAUACUCCAAAGUGUAACUAAUGAAAAUGUCCCAAAUCAGCAAAAACCUACAUCAAAACAAAAACACAUCUCUUGCUAUAAAGAUGUACAACAGCACCGUCAGAAACUUCAGUCUGGAGAAACUAGUUGGGCAGGCGGAAAUGUGACAUUAAGUCAGCCUGUUAAUGAAACAUCUAGACCUUCAGCUAACACUUUAGAAAGGCUUUGUACCACCACAGGAGAAAUCUCAGCAGUUCCUUCUGAUGUAGUUUCAAAACCACUGAAUGAAGCCAUUUCCACACAAAAAAAACAGACAGGUUCAAUGGAUUUCCCUGUCAAUUCUAGAGCUGUGUCAUCCAGAGGAGGAAAGUGGAGAAUAACAAAAGAGAGUCUGGCCAAGGAUGCCGCAAAACUGCUUGUAAUUAAAAAAAAAUAUGCAAUACUUGAAAAGAUGUUUCAGUAUAAACAAAAUCUCUUAGUGGCUUCAGAACGUGACAGAAUUACUUCUGAUCUUCCUUCACAUAAUCAAAACGCCAACCACAUGCUUUUUUUCAGUGUGGUCAAUCACAAUCGGGUAUCUGGACAAACUGAUACCAUAAGAACGCAGAAUCUAGAACAGUGUGAACCUGAAGAAAGAAAUGACAAAAUCACAGCCAACUUUAGCAGUGAAGUAUUAGAUAAAACUCAGAAUAGUCAUCAGACUAAGCAUGGAGAUUCUUUAAGUUCUCUUUGGAUUCAAGGUCAGGAUCAACUCCCAGGUUCUGUAAAUAGUAGUAAGAGAACUUCAGUCUUGAAUUCAAAAAAUGUCUUGUCAGUUGUUUCUACUCAAGAAAACUUGAAACAAACUGAAAACACUUCAGGCUCUACUGCACUUGGUAAAAGUAAUGAAGUUCUACCACAGAAUAUAUCAGCCAGUCCUGGUGAAUCCUCAUUUCUUCAGUUUGUGCUAAGUAGCACAAAUGCAUUGAGAGAGAAAAAGUCUGGUGCUAUUGCUGAUAAAAUACUGGUUACCCUUCUUCAGAAUGAGAAAAAACCUUCAAAUGUAACAUUCUCAGAUAGAACUGUCCUGUCCAGCACAAGAAUGCCAAAAGAUGCUAGUGAAAACUUACAGCAUUCAGUAUCAGCAUGUCCUGAAUUGGGUCAGCAUGCUAAAGAUAUUUGUUCUCAGGCACCUGAGAAGAACACCAAAACUUUGAUCAACGAGCAGGUGUUGAAUGCUUCUAUCACAAAUCCUCAUGUAUCAGAGAGAGCUGAGUUUGUAACUAAUUCACAAACACACAUGGCUCAGCAUACACCACCACUUACUGAAAAUUCAUGUUCUAAAACAAAAAGUUUCAAUUAUUCAAUGGAAGAGCUAGCUGCAUGUCUUGCUUUAUGGAGAAAGUGUCCUCCAGGAUCCGUGGAUGCUCAGUGUGGUCAAGUAGAAUCAGCUAAAGUUUCUUCAGCUUCUGAAAAAGUUGUUGAUCAGAGUAUGUGUUGUAUUUUAGAAAACGUCCGAAACGCAGUAGCUAAAGGGGAGCUAAAUAAAGUUGCAAUAAGCACAAAUGAAGCAAAUUUGUCUUCAGCAACUUUUCCUAUUGGGCAAAAGUAUGAUACAUUGGGUUCUAAUUUGAUAAAGAGUUUUGAACCCCAAGUUGCUGUCGUUUCUCCUUUAAUCCUUUCUAAAGAGAAAACUCAGUGUGACCUGCAAGUCAAAGAGAAAACUUGUUCAGAAACCUCUUUUCCAGUGAUUGAAGCAGGUAGUGUGCAUAGUCUACGAGAUGUUUCAUCUCUGAUAAACGUUGAUAAAGAGGCAGUAGAAACUAGUUACUUAAAAUCAGAUACCUCAGUUCCAGAACAGAAAGUGGAUUCAACUGUACAGCAAACAAAGUCAGCUGGUGGAAACAGAAUAGUAGAAGGUUUUGUAAAUUCAGUCUCUUCAUCUGAUACAAGCCGAAAAAAAGAUGGUCCGUUUUUUCAAGUAGUAACGAAAAAUGAUCUAACUCUCAGUUUAAAAAAUAAGCAUUUUCUCGAAACAAGCAAAAAUUAUUCCAGUCUGAAUCCCCAAGAGGCCACAGAAGAGAGUAAAGAUAAGCAGGACUUGUUAGAACCUGAAGAUGCUACAAAAGUCAUAUUGGACAAUGGCAUGUUUCAGAUUUCCAGUGUUUGUUCACUUGUGGAAGGUGAUGCAUUUUAUAAUUCACAAAUAGCAAAUAUGUUCAGUUCUGUUCCUUUACAUUUAGUGAGGAAUAACAUGAUGCCAGAAGAAAGUACAUCUAAUACAAAGCAUAAUGAGCAACAACUAGAAGCUUGUAAAGAUGAACUGAAAGCCAAUGUUCUUGAAGGGGAGAGCGUACUAUUGCAAAAAACAGAGUCAUUAGAAAAAACAAGUUUAAACGUGUGUAAUAAAAAUGAGAUCUCAAACAUGAAUGUAUGCAGUUCUACAGAAGAGAAUAAUGCAGAUGCUUCUAAAAUUAUUUCUCCUUCAGUACAAAAAAAAAUGUUAAAUAUGCCUAACAGGACUGCCAGACAUGGUGAAAGAGUUGCUGCUGUUAAUCAGGAGUUGAUCAGAAACAAACAUGACUUAUCUAAUGUAAUUGAAACAAAUAAAUAUAGCAUUGCAAGACAAGAGAAUACACAAGAACAUGUAACCAAUGAGGAUGAAUGUACAGAUGGAAGGAAUAGCAGUACAGAUACUUCUCCAGCAUACCUCAGUGAUCAGUUGACUGAACUUGUAAAAGAGUUUCCUUAUGGAAUCGAAUGUGUGGACGUACUGCCAAGGGAGCUGAUAGAAAAUGUAGAUUCUGUGACUGAGCGUGCAGAACAUCAGAUUGGAAAAGAAACUCAAAUUUGCAUCAAAAGUUGUGAUGCUAAAGAUCCCAUAGAUCAAAUACAAAUCAAAAUAUUAAACUCUGAACAAAUGAAAAAACUGUUUCCUGAAAACAGUCACCAGUCCUCUAACAAAAUCCAGGUGGAAAAUGCUCAAAAACCUCCUCUAGAAAUAGAAUCUCUAGAUAAAGGGAACUCAAAAAAUCUACUUGAUCAGGGUCUAUGCGCAGAAAGGGAAAAGAACACACAAGAAACCAGAGCGCCUACAAGAGAGAAAAAAAUGUUUUGUUGUUUAAUGGGUUGGUUAGCUGCAGAAUACGAAGUGCCACGAUGUUCAUGUCUAUCUAAAAAUGCCACUUUAGGGAAACAAGAUGAUGACAUUAAUUCAAAAUCUGAAAACGUUGACCUUAGAGAGAGACAGGAAAAUAAUCAUGGAACUGAUCACAAAACAACAAAGACUAACUGUGCAGUGGACAACUACCUGCAGGUUCCUGCAAAAUUAGAAGAUGAUGCGAGCCAAACUCUUCCCUUAAGAGACGAAGAUGCACGUAAAAAAAUUUCCACGAUAAACAAAAAUAUUAAGCUGAAAGUGAGUAGUGAAUACAAACCAUUUAAAAUCCAAGAAGAAAUAAUCUGGUGUUGUAGUCUCUCUGAGAAAAAAGAAACUGAUCAAUUAAAAAAAGUGAAUGGCCAGCGGAAGGAAGAGUUGCAGCCUCAUUCAGGAAAAGAAGUCUAUUUUAAUGAAAAAGAUGCUCAGGAAUACAAAGGGGAGGAAUUAGCUUCAGGAAAGGUCAGCCCUACAAAUACCGAACAAUUGGAAGUGUCAACUGUAAAGAGGGAAAAAGUCUUCAAGGUUGAAUCUUUGGAAAAAGAUAACACCCAAACAGAAGGGCAGGCAGUAAACUCUAAAAUGGAUGUCUGCAAAUUAAAAAGUUCAGAAACAAAUGGAGCCAAAUUUAUUAAAAUGUAUAAAGAAAAUAAAUAUAAAAAGCUUGAACAGAAAGCGCAAGAAGCACACAGAGUUAAGAGACCUAGCCACAAGCAUAACAGUGAUUUCAGGUUUAAUAUUAACGAAAUAAAACAUAUGUUGGAUAAUCAUGCUGCCCUGAGUAAAUCAUCAAAUAGAAGCGACAAAGACUUAAGUUCAAGGAACUACAAGUAUUCUCAGCACAAACCUACAAGAGUCCUCCCAUCCCACGAGCCCUUAUGUAGACUAAAAAGGAAAGAAAAUAUGCGUGGAAAGGGAGAGUCUAAAAAACCAAGAUUAGAAGGUGAUGGGAUCAAGGAGCGUGAAGCAAACACUUCUGAACGUGCAUUGCACAUUGAGCAAAGUACUAAUGUGGCAAAUCUUGAGAGAUCUGCAAAAUCAAAAGAGGGGGAUCGAUGGAAAUAUAGAAGCUCUUUAGCAGAUCGUAGCAGCCCUAAACUACACAAGAAAAGGGGACGCCCUUCUACAAAAUCUAAAGCUGUUUCUGUCAAAGAGAAACACCUGGAUGGUCAAAACAGAGAGAAACGCUCUGAGAAAAGUUUUCCUGAAAAAUAUUUGUUACAUUCAAGUAGAAGAACUAAUAGACUAAGCAUUUCUCUUCAAAGGGAACAAAAAAAAACCUACCUGAAUAGAGUUGCAUUUAAAUGCACUGCCCAGGAAAGCAUUUGUCUGACAAAACUAGAGACAUCUCCUGCCAAACCUAUAUGGCAUAUAAAACGUAACAGAGCCUCCGAGUACAGCCAGGAGUGGAAAACUGAUGCCCUCCCUUCAGAAGAAAAUAAACUACAUAAACCUCCAAUGCUUGAGUUUAAAAUGUGCCCAGAGAUACUGUUUAGAAGUACAGCGACUGAUGGAGAAAGUUUAGAUACGAAACAUUCUCCUGACAGAAAGAAAUGCCAUGUGGCAGGAAUCAAAAGUAAAAAAGAAGAUUGGUUAAAUUAUAAGCCAGUGAAGCAAAGAAAAACAGAAGAGACAGCUCAAGAUGACAACAGCAUUCCACUUGAUACAGCCAUACAAAUGUUGGAAGGAAAUGAGGCUCUAGGAAAUGAGGCUCUUCCUCUGUCAACCAAAGACUCAAAAGCAAUGUUUGAGACCUACAGGAAAAUGUAUCUGGCAAAAAGAAGCAAAAGCCUAGAUAGCAGCCAUUCAGAACAGUUCUCCCUCAGUAAUACUAGAUGAGUACCACCACAAAAGUAUUUUUUUGCACAAGAAAUUUCUGGGUUUCUUCACUUACACAGUUUGUGUUUGUUAAAUGGGUUUUCUACUGAAAAUUUGUCAAGUUAAUUCCUUUUCUAGGACAUCUUUUUAAAAAGGUUUGUGGCUUAAUCUGAAGCUAUCAGUCCCAAGAGCAUUUAAACCAUUCAAAAAUAUGUCAGCCAAUUUCUGGUUCUACAAAAUCCCUUUCAAUUGUCGUACUUUCCAUUGCUGGUCAGUGGAAAUAAAUAUUACUUGUUGCAAAAGGGAUCAAGGGUAGAUUCACAAGAUUUGCACCUACAUUUUCUGUUUAUGAUAUUCUAAAUAUUCCUGUCUUUUUAUUUUAUUUUUUUUUUUGUAGAAAAGUUUGUUUGUUUGUUUGUUUUUACUUUGACCAUAAUAGAAAUAUGGAACAAAGCAUUUAUAGCUGAGCAUGUUGAUCAGGGGAUACCAUGAAGUAUUCACGCUGCUAUCCAGUUUUGUUAAAAUUAACUUCAUAAAGCUUGUCACAAAGUAAACUAGUACUUUUUUGACAUAAUGCUGCAAGUGACUAGUUAAUAUUUUUCUUCCCUAAUUUUUAGGGUACGUUUCUUAUACUUUCCUAAUACUUGAAAGAAAAGGAGCAAUGCUUUGAAGUCUAGGAAAUUUGAAUUCAAUUUUUUCUAGACAGUUUUGCUCACUUUAUCUAGUGACUAUAAACAAAUUCCUGUAUCUUUAAGCUACAUUAGCUAAUGUUUAAAACCUACACAUUCACUGUGGCAGAUAAAUUAUUUUCAUUAUUGGAUGUCACUUUAAGUGCCUUUUGAGUAAUAUGUUCAGAAUUUUGAAUUGUCAUAUUUUUUCAGAAUCUUUUUUCAUUUGAUUUCUUUAUACGUUUAAACCUUUAUACUGAAAAUAAAGCUACUGCAUAUUACCCAAA